GUUAAAACCACGGGAAAAGCCAUCACGAGACAAAGUUGCCGUAUCUUUUCUUUCCCUGGUCCUCCUCCCUCUAUGUUCGACCGUGUGGUCUGAUAUCACUGUAUCAAUCAUUCCCCCACGCCUUUUGCAUACUAUGUACGCAGACAGUCAGCCAAGCAGUGAGUAAGACAGCCUGGGCAUUCCACAGGCGACCAAUAAGCUUCGGCAUCCCUGAGAGCCUGCAAUUUCCGGUGGACUCGAGCGCAGCCCACUUUCCCAGCACUUUGGAUACGAUCCCAAGGGCACGAACUGCCAGGCAGGGUACAAUCGGCCGAAGUCAGAGGGGACCUUGGGGUCCAACUGUGGAACCUGGGCGGCACCCACAGGCCGGUGGCGAUAGGUAACCUUGAAUACAUCCACUGCCGUCCCUCCCCCCCUUCUUUUUGGCAACGGCAGGCAACUGGGGCGACACUUGCGGCGCAGACGCUCCAAAAUUUGGGCAUGCCGGCAACUAAGUACAGGGUCUUGUACGGUGCGCAAGUGUAUAUGUGCCCAAGUCGACCACAGGUACACGUACGGCGUACCGUGCUCUGUAUCUGCGCGCACAGCUUACAUUGACGAAGUGAGCCCGAAUGUGAUAAUAGUUCGGUGUGUCCCCUGUUGGCAUGCAUAGAGCGGGAGGACUGGACUUCUACGAGGGUGUGCACGCACACGAGUUACACACACCCAACCCCUUGAAAGUGCUGGAUCUGGACCUGGGACCAACGAGCACUCUUGGUUCUUGUCGCCGUCCCCCUGGCCUUUUUUUCUCCUUCGGGUGGGCUCCGGUACCUUUCGCCCAGACUGGAAAGCCUAUCGACACCUCGACCUACACACUAUUAGGCACGCGUUCUCCCCCGGACGGCUGCUCCCUCGCUCCCGGCUCUGCUCUAGCUCCCUACCAGCGCCGUUGCCGCGAGGUUUAAACACCUUAUUCUCUCCGUGCCACUGCGGUCCGCUCCACAAGCCCUGGACAUCCUUGAUAUUCCUGGGGCCAGCUCUGCGACGCCUAUCUGCCACCCAAGAAUUCUUAGCCGUUUGGUGGCCCAGGAUCCAUUUCACGCCUAUCCAUCUAAACGCCCGCCCGAACGAACGAACACCCCGGCUUGUGCGACCGACACAGCAUCUCCGCAGACGGCCGCAUAGACGGCCAUCCCUUUACGAUUCUUAACAUAGCUUUGUCUUACCCCGGAAGAGCCCUAAUAGACCAAUCAACUGCCACGGAAACGGCGCCGGAGGCACUGUCCUCAGAGGAGGCGUUCCGGUUGGGUCGUGGAUCCGCCGUUGAUCCAGUGCUCAUCCAGCACCGAAGGAGCCCCGGAAGGCGCAGUGCGGUGCGCAUAGAACUGCCCCGAGAGGUGGUGCAAUUCUUGUACGCCCGCCAGGCCCCCCCAGAGGAGCCUACCACGUCCCAGCAAGCCUGCGGGGAGAUAUCGAUCCAGGUCCGCUCAUUCUCGGCAUCAGAACAUCUCCGGAUUUGCGGUGAACGCCACGUCCUGCCGAUUGGAGAGGAACACCCAACAUAUUGCUGGCCAAGUGGGACCGACCCAUCGAUAAGCACCGCGUCGAUCGAAGAAGCAGUCAGAACCUUGCUGGGGAAGCCCACCUAGUAGGCAGACGGGGAGGCUGACCGCAGCACACCUGUCGCUGACCGGUCGGCCGCCACCAGCGUUGCACUGGGGAUAGAUAAUGCCUUCAGGGCGUCUUUCGAAGCGGCCUGGCGAGGUGGGCGAGUCUUCUCAGGACAACUUCCCUGGCACAUCCAAGGUCAAGCUACCUCGCCUCGAGAGAGGGCCGGAGGACUUCUCACAGGUGGUCAAGGACAAAUUGCAAUCGUAUACGCGGACGGGACAGGCGUGCGAUCGCUGCAAGGUUCGCAAAAUCCGAUGCGAUGGACUACCCGAAGGAUGCUCCCCAUGCGCGCAGCAGAACCUCGAAUGCUAUGUCACCGACCGUGUCACUGGACGCACAGAGCGUCGCGGUUAUCUGCAACAGCUUGAGCGCGAGAAAAAGGACAUGAUGACCCGCCUGCGUGACAUGGAGAAGUUGCUCGAAGACAAAGGAAUUCAGGUCCGACCGUGGCAGUGGACUCCUCCCUACGGAUUAAGCACGUCGCUGGACCCCGACAACGACCCAAGCAAGGACCAAUGGACACAAUUCUUUUCUCUAUGGGUGAAGGAUGCUAGCCGCCAACCCGAGAGAUUAAUGAUGGGCUACUCUAGCACGCAGCAGGCAUCUUCCCUCCAGUCCGCAGAUCCCAGGACAGCCGACGGCCGUCUCGGCGGCGCAGCCCAAGGCGCACCCUUGUGUAGUAUCAAUGGCACUCAGCUCUCCAUACUAGGAACAACGAUAGACAUUACAUCUUUCAACGCCCCGGACGUGGACGGCCCACCGCCAGGCAUUCCGAACAACACCCCGCUCUAUAAUAAAUCCUUGCAGUCUUUUGUCAACUCGAUAUCCAAGGUCAACCCACCCCUCGAAAUCCAUUUUCCGGCAAAAGAAGAGGCCUUCAGUUACUCCGAGUGGUUCUUUGUGAUGCUGGGCCCGUUUAUGCCCAUUCUUCACAAGCCGACUUAUCUCAGAUUGCUCUCAAGGAUAUACGAUGAUCAAACCUACAAAGCAUCGACGUCAGAGCUGGCUAUCGUGCACAUGGUCUUCGCCAUCAUGUACUACCAGUUCAGCGUGCGGGACGGCGGAGAUCCAGAGAGGAAAGCGCAGCUAAACGAGCUCUCAAAUAGGCACUACCACUGGUGCCUUGACAAGACAUGGGACUUGGGCUCCGAAAUGUCUAUCCCGUCUACUCAGGCAUUAGUGCUGAUGCUAAUUCAUUGUCGCGGCUUUCCAAAACCCGGGCCGGCCUACCUGAUGGCGACCCUGACAUGGACGCGAGCCAUGGACAUGAACUUGCAUCGUGCAUUUCUCGACAAGGACGAACCCACUACACUUGAAAACGAGAUGCGGAAACGUCUGUGGUGGAGCAUAUUUACUAUAGUCGUGAUACUAUACGGCAGAAUAGGCAAGCCCAUGCCGAUCAGGGCCGACGAUUUCGACACCGAGCUUCCGAUCCGUAUUCCCGACGAAUGUAUCGACGAGAGCGGUAUCACGGACCCAUCAAGGAUAGGCGAAUGCUCCUGGCUCGUGGGCCAUGCCGGCUUCAAGCUGGCUUUUCUUUUCAUGGAAUUGUGGAACAAUGUGUACUCUGUACGCCAGGACCCGAACAAGUACAUGGCGUCUGUGCAGCGACUAGAGCAACAAUUCCGGAACUACGAACGGGACCUCCCAGAGGACCUGCAGGUUGACAAGUGCAAGCCACAAAACCAGAUGCUGGCGUCAUACCUGGCAGGCUCAAAUCACGAGUUUAUGUUUUGUCUACGCCACCCAUCUCGCUGUGCCAGCACCGACCCGAACCUUGUUGCAGAGAAUAGCAGAGUUUCCGAGGAGUCAGCAAGAGGCCUGCUGAGAAUCGCAAGCGAAUUGUCAAGGCUUAAAUCGCUUGACACGACGUGGUACCAACUGGCCGUCUACGUGGCUGCUUUGUUCACAAUUGUUACCGCUCAUUGGGAGAGACGGGCGGACAUGACGAUGACCGAGCUCAAUAACCUCAAGACCGACAUAAAUAUGGGAUUGUCGGUGAUAGUGGAGGUGACAAAAUACCUCGGAAUCGAUGUCCCAGGCCCCGAGUCUCGAUUAAUGCCACAGAUUACCAACGUCAUCGACCGCACCGUUGCCUCGAUUGAAAAUGACCUGGGAGCAAGGCGCAAUAGCAACAGCAAUCAUAAUGCCAGCACGAAUAGCACGCCGACGUCACAGUUCGCGACGCAUCCGCAACACAAUCUCACAGUCAAACAGGAGGGAUUCGGCUCGGCAGCGUCCAGGCGUCCGUCGCUGCGAUCCAACAGCACCACACCGAGUUCGAUGGUGAACGCUACGGAGCAGUUGUCGAUCCAUCGCCCCCCGAGCAUGGCGAGCACGCCCUACUACAACACUUCGCUGACCACACCGAGCACCGCCUAUUCCCAAAUGGGAUACGCCGAUCUCCCACCCGGCAUAUCGACACCAACAUCCGCAUCGGGCUCCAUGCAGUCUUCCUACAUAGCAGUCACCGGGGAGUCGGCACAUUACCUGUACGCCACAACGGCGGCGGCGGCGGCAGCAGCUCAGAUGACGCAUACGCCCCCCGGGCACUCGCCACAAGCAACGCACAACCCGAUGGUCAGCUACAACAACGCGCAACAAGCGGCGGCGGCGGCGGCGGCAAACCAGACGCACCAUCAUCAGCAGCAGGCCCAGGCAGGGUGGAUGAACACCGGGCCGGGGGCGCCCAACGGCAUGCCCACCGUGCCGCAGGUCCCAAACAGCGGCAACCCGUGGCCCAACGAGUGGAGCAGCGCCAUCGCGAUGGGCGUAGCCCAUUCCCCCCAAGACCGCUACGGCACCAACGCCCACGCGCUCAUGCCGCUCGGCGGUGAGCAGCGGGGCUCAGGCGACCCGGGCGGCGGUGGGACGGGGGGCGGCACGGUGCCCUCGCAGGGAGGCCAAUGGUCGAUGAUGAUGGCGUACCACAACCCGAGCCACACCGGUGAAUGAUCGAUGAUGCUUACCGGAUCAAAGAACAGGAGGGGUACGAGAGAAAAAUGGGGAUCAGCCACGUUCUAUAACCCGGCUGGGUGCCACAAAUGCUGAGGAGACAGCUAUAUAUUGACACCCACACUCACGCACACAAAUGCGGGCAGCCAUCCAAUAUCGCUAGUCCAAUUAUCGCCAACGCAAACACCAGCAGCGGGGUCCUAAGUCUUCAUUUCCCCUUCGGACAGACGUCGUGCAACAUCAAUACGUUUCUGAAUACCCAACAUACACGCUGGCACACCUUAUCCCCCCACUGCGUCGAAGAUCUCUUCCCAUUGGCAGGACAUGGGGUGGGGGGGGGUGGUCCUCUCGACGCCUGGAGCACAGUGGCGCUAUUGCAAACGCCGUGGGCCUAAAAAUAAAACCCCAGGAACCAGGGGCAGCACGGCGCACAGACAGGGCGAGAAGGAGUGCAGUACCGAAGGGUUGCAUCUGACGCGCGACAUAUGCAUUUGCGAGGGGGUGGGGCAACCACGCGGAGACGGGGGAGGGGGGGAGGAACCCACGGUAAUGGCCGGGAAUAAUUGUCAUGGACAUAUAAAACGGACAACACCCUGGCGUCGAGGUGCGGGCGGGCCGGGGAAAGAAGGAAGUGAUGGAUGUGACGUGCGACAUUACCCAUCGGCACAUAUAUGCAGGGCGGAGAUUUCACCCCCAUCAUGGGCACAGAGCCGGCAGACAGAUAGUGACCAGGAGCCAUGGCUCGAACGUUGGAAGCACGUUACGAUACCCCCACCGGAAUGGCUUCUAGGCCAUGUUGUCAGCAUGCGUGUAGGCGUUGGCAGGAAAACUGGGUUUGAGUUGCUUUUUUUCCUAAUUCUCGGAGAGGGGAGGGAAUAAUACUCUCCCCUGUUUGGUUCUCUAUCGUCUGCCCAGGUGACUCCUGUCCUGCCUGGUUUGUUAGGAGACUUAGAGAAGAAAUGGCUUGCACAUCAUUUAUCUUAGGCAUGUAUAUACCCCGACAUGAAAGUUCAAUUGGAUUCAAUUCCAACAAG